GGUGCAAGACCAUAAUUCACCCGCACGCACGCAUGGCCAUUCUUUUAUAUAUAUAAUAUAAACACUCUCGCUUUCCAAUACUAUUGUUCAGUUUUACACGAAGACGUAGUACAAAAGACACACAUGACACACUAGAGAAAAGAAAAGAAAACAAACACAUAAAGCCAUUUCCUUAAUACUUACAUAUUUAUAAACAAAUUUAUAAUGUUUCUGCCGUGUUUUUCUCUGUCACUCUCACUUGUUCUGUUUAUAUAAUUUUUUUUUCCACUCUUUGUUUCUUUUACAUGAACAAGAUCUACUUGCAAUUCCAUUGAUCUCUUUUUGCAGCUUUUGACGUUCUCAGACCCAACACUACAGCUCUCUCUUUUCUUCUUCUUUUUCUCUCCUUAUAAUAAAUCCCCUCUUUGAUCUGUGACUAGGCUACUACACUAAGUAAGACUCGAGUAUGGAUAAGUGGGAGAAAGAAACGAACCCACGAAGGAGAAGAACUCCAUCUUUCUCUUCCUCUCUUCUAGACGUUAUCUACCGUUCGAUUGACGAAUCAAAGGGUGGUGGUGAUCACGAACAAGAGGGAGAGGAAGAUAGGAGUGGUUAUGCUACUACUACUACUAGAGUAGUUAUGAAGAAGAAACAGAAAGAAGAGAAAGAGAAAAACAAUCUCAGGCGAGCUAUGAUGAUCGAGAAUUGGGUCGAGAAACAGAGCGUUCAAAGUUCUACGCUUUCGACUUCGGCCUCGAGCUCUUCGGCCGACUCAAGCUCCGGUGCUCUGUGGUCUUCCUCCGAAACAGAGUCAACCCAAAACCACAGAUCCAAAACGAAGCCGUUUCGAGCCACUACUGGAGUAGCGGUCUCUUCUGAUCAAUCCAAGAAAAAGGUCACAUCCACCCAGUUUGACCAGAGGAGUUCAGAUAAAAGUCAGCAGAAGAAGACCGCGAAGCCGGAGAAUGGUGGGUUUUCGAAGACGAAGCUGAAGGCUUUGAAAAUCUAUGGCGAACUGAAAAAAGUGAAGCAACCCAUUUCUCCAGGGGGUCGUAUAGCGACCUUUAUUAACUCUAUUUUCAAUUCGGGCAACGUUAAAAAGGCCAAAAUGUGUUAUGUUGGAGCGGUUGAGGAUGUCACUUCGGAGAAUAUUUCCAAGUCGGCUUGUUCCACUGCUUCGACUAUCUCUAGGUCUUGUCUGAGCAAAACGACAACGUCUUCUAGAGCCAAACACACCCUAAAUGGUGCCAAAAGGUCCGUCAGGUUCUAUCCCGUAAAUGUGAUUCUAGGCGAGGAUAAGUGUGUUUAUGAACAAGACCCCAGUUUAAUGCCGUUGUCCGCCAUUAGAGGCUUUGUUAGAAGCUCUUCGUUGAAAGAAGAAGAAUCGAGAAAAGAGAAGAAGAGUGUUGAAAGAGAAACUCGAAGUUUCCUCAGAGGUUUCUGUGACGUUAAUGGUGAAGCUGACGACGAAGAAGAAGAAGAAGAAGAAGAAGACGACGACGACGAUGAUGCUGCUGAGAGCUAUUCGAGCUCUGAUCUCUUUGAACUAGAUCAUCUUGUUGGGAUUGGAAGAUACAGAGAGGAACUUCCUGUUUAUGAAACUACUAAUCUCAAAACUAAUCAGGCCAUUGCUAAUGGUUUGAUCUUGUAAUUUUUUUUUUUUUUAAUUUUCAAAACCCAAAAAAGGGAAGUAAAAAAAUGGCAGUGUAAGUUGAUGGUUUAUUUUUGGGAUUGAAUUCAUGAACAAGUUAUAUUCUUUUACCUUU